AUGGUGUCAGAUGACUCGCCCCGCGCGGCGGGGCCCGACAGCAGCAGCAGCAGCAGCAGCAGAGUGAAGAGGGACGGCUUCGGCAUGGACAUGGAGGGCCCCGAGGUGGGAGCAGCAGCAGCAGUGGACAGCAGCCCCUCAGCAGCAGCAGCAGCAGCAGCAGCAGCAGCAGCAGCAAACAAGCGGCUGCGCCGCCGCAGCAGCAGCAGCAGCGCCUCCCCCGAUACCCGCAGACGCCAGGGGGCCCCCGAACCCUCUGUGGGGUCUCGGGGGGCCCCCCAAAGGGAGGAGGGCGAGUUGAGUUUUGUGUCUACCCCCCGCCACUGCCACCGCCCCUACAAGCAGCAGCAGCAGCAGCAGCAGCAGCAGCAGCAGCAGCAGCAGGACCGCGGCCGCUGGGCCAGCAGGGAGGCCCCCCGCUCCCUGUCCCCUCGCCGCUACCGCAGCGCCAGCCGAAGUGUCUCCUUUGACCGCCGCAGAAGCUCCUCAAGGGGCCCCUCCAGGGGCCCCUCUAGGGGCCCCUCUAGGGGCCCUUCUAGGGGCCCCUCUAGGGGCCCCUCCAGGGGCCCCUCUAGAGGGUACUCGCGGGGCAGGGGCCCCUCUAGGGGGUACUCUAGAGGCAGGGGGCCCUCUAGGGGGCCCUCAAGGGGCAGGGGCCCCUCCAGGGGGCCCUCGAGGGGCCCCUCUAGGGACCUUUCCAGGAGCCUCUCCAGGGGCCCCUCGAGGGGCCCCUCUAGGGGCCCCCCGUCUCCGCGGGGGCCCCUGGAGUCCAAUGGUCUUGGGUACCGCGGGCGGGGGUCUCCUGCUGCUGCAGCAGCAGCAGCAGCAGCAGAGGGGCGGCGGCGCAGCAGCAGCAGCACGGAGCGGCGGCGGCGGCGGGAGAGCAGCAGGGCGGAGCAGCAGGGCAGCAGCAGCAGCUGCUGGGGCAGCAGCAGCAGCAGCAGCUGCUGGGGCAGCAGCAGCAGAGACAGGGAGCGGGAGUUGAGAGACAGAGACAGAGACAGGGACUUCAAAGAAAGAGAAAGGGACUUCCGAGAAAGAGAAAGGGACUUUCGAGAAAGAGAAAAAGACUUCAAAGACAAACUCAAAGACCCCAGAGACAGGGGGGCCCCCUGGGGGCCCCCCUCCCGCCCCAGGGGCCCCUGGGGGGUACGGCUGGAGGGCCUCCCGCGAAGUGUCUCCAAAGGAGACAUUUUGGAUUGGCUGCGGGACGGGGGCCUCCGCGUGGCCCCUGAGCAGCUGCUGCUGCCGCAGCAGCAGCAGGACGGGGACCCGCAGCAGCAGCAGCAGCAGCAGCAGCAGCAGCAGCAGCACUUGUUUGCAUGCGUUUCGCUGCACUCCAGAGAAGCAGCAGAAACUGCGCAGUUCCGCAUGCACCGCCGGCUGCUGCAGGGCAAAAGAAUAGAUGUCUUUUUGAUUCCCCCGGGGGACCCGCAGCCGAGCAGCAGCAGCAGCAGCAGGUCUGCUGCAGCAGCAGCAGCAGCAGCAGCAGCAGCGGGGGGCCCCAGGGGCUCCCUGAGCCCCUCCCCGCGCCGCCGCUACCGCAGCCUCUCCCGCGGCUCCCCCGGGGGCCCCUGGGGGCCCCCCGGGGGGCCCCCCGGGGCCGGCAGGCACCGCAGGGGCCGCUACGAGGGUACUGUACCCUUUCGAGGGGGGCCCCCCAGGGACCGCCAGCGCAGGAGGCCCUGGAGGGGCCCCUCUUACUCCAGGUCCCCUUCUGCUGCUAGAAGGGGGCCCCCCAGGAGGCGCCUGGCCUCCAGGACCCCCCCGAGGGGGGCCCCCCGGGACAGGGACAGGGACAGGGGCCGCCACAGGAGGGGCGGGGGCCCCCGCAGGGGCAUGUACGCGCGGGACAGCUGCUCGCGGUCGCGUUCGCGUUCCUCGUCGCUGACGGCGUCGGAGCGGAGCCCGUUUGCUGCUGCAGGAAGCCCUGCUGCAGCAGCAGCAGCAGCAGCAGCAGCAGCAGCAGGCCGCCGCCGCUUCGCAGCAGGCUCUUCCCGCGGCGAAGAGCGGCAGCAGCUGCUGCACCGCCAGGGCCGCUGCCGCCCCUGUCCCCAAGUGCUGCGGGGCCUCGACUGCUUCUCUUCUGUCUCCUGUCCCUUUUGCCACCACGCCGAGCACGACCCCAUGUUCUGCCGCCCCAGCGAGGUGAAGCCAGAGGAGACGGACGCCAUCAGUCCCGCUGCUGCUGCUGCAGCAGCAGCAAAGGAGACGGAGACGCAGCAGGGCAAGGAGACAGCAGCAGCAGCAGCAGGGCAGGCGCGGGGCAGCCGCAGCGCGUCCCCGCAGCCGAAGGAGGAGCAGCAAAGUGGAGAGUCUGCUGCUGCUGCUGCUGCUGCUGCUGCGGAGCCGAAGCAGGAGGAGGAGGAGCGGAAGGUGUCGCCCGCGGUGGCAGCAGCAGCAGCAGCAGUGGCAGCAGCAGCAGGAGACUUCAGCCUGCAGCAGCAAGUGGAGCGGCAGCACAAAGCUGGCACUUGUCUCCCCUGCCAAGACCACCUCAGCAGCAGCUGCAGCAAAGGCAGCAGCUGCUCCUUCUGCCACGACCCGGCCCACGCCAGCGAUGCAGCAGCAGCAGCAGCACAGAAGCAGGCCCCGGGCGCCAAAAAGGACAAGGCGAAGAAAGCUGAGAGCCGGGAGCAGCAGCAGCAGUACGCGUUGGAGCGGCACCGGCGGGGCUGGUGUCAGCCCUCAGCAGCAGCAGCAGCAGCAGCAGCAGCAGAGGCGGCGCAGCAAAAGCAGAGGCAGCUGCAGCAGCAGCAGCAGCAGCAGCAGCAGCACAGUGCAGCUGGAGGCACUCGACCGCUGGAUUUGCUGCCUUCGGAAGAAGCUGCUGACGGCGGAGACAACAAGGGGGCCCCUGCAGCAACAGAGAAGCCCAAGCUGGGCCUCGUCGGCGAAGAGGGG